AUGUCAUUCUCAUUUGGCUUUUCCGGAGACGAUAUAGACAACGACAACAUCACCGAGUCUCAGACAUCAGCCCCUCCCGCAGCUCAGCCCCCGGCCUCAAUGUCCUACAGCGCUUUUCCCGUCCCGGGCAAACCACAGCUGCCAGCCACGCUGCACAGCCUCUCGGAUUUCCUCUCCCAGCUGCCCUCCAAAAUCGCCUAUGAUCUCCUCGACAUUGAGGCCACCGAUGCUGGUGCCAGUGAGACGCAACUGCGGCUGCCCCGUCGCGAGCUGUGGGAUGUCCGAGUGCAGCUCAUGGCCGAGGAUGACGAGGUGGCCAAUGGAGAGGACCGCGUCGACGAUGGCGGGCUUGGAAAACACGAUGUCAAGACGGGCAUUUACGAAGGCGGCUUCAAGAGCUGGGAGAGCAGCAUCGACCUGGUCAAAGUGCUUGCCGCCCAGGAUGAACUGACUGCCGCUCAAGAAGCCUCAUCGCUUCGUGUAAUUGAGCUCGGCUGUGGAACUGCCCUCCCUUCUCUAGCAAUGUUCACCUGGGUCAUGAAAAGAAUCUCACGCAACCAAUGGCAUCAAAAGCCCCUCUCCUUCAUAUUAGCCGACUACAACCCAUCCGUCCUCCGCCUCGUCACGCUGCCCAACUUCCUCCUCGCCUGGGCCCUUGAAAACACCCACGACCCAGUGCUUCAGAACGCAUUCAGCAUUGAGGGCGAGCUAGAGCUAUCGCCCGAAAUUAUCCAAGCAUUCGAGCAGUUCCUGUCCUCCAGCGGCAUUCAUUUUUCAUUCAUCUCUGGGGCGUGGUCACCCGAGUUCAUUCGUUGUUUGUACGAUUUACCGGCGUUCUCAUCAAAUCUUCCGGCGCCAACCACACUCAUGGUAGGGGCAGAGACAAUUUACUCUCCCUUCGCGUUGCAGGCAUUCACACAGCUCGUCUUUACCAUCCUGGAACGUGAAAAGGCAUCUAAUGCUCGAGCGGCUGCAUAUGUGGCUGCAAAAAAGCUAUAUUUCGGAGUCGGUGGCUCACUGGACGACUUUAUCGAGGCAGCCCGAUCAAAGGGUGCUGUGGUAUCAGAGUUGAGAGAGGAGAGUGAAGGAGUACGACGUGGCGUAGUUCACUGUAUCUUG